AAGAUAAGUCAAGAACAAGAACACAAGCAAAAAAUAACGAUAUAUACAAAAGUGUGAGCCGAUACAAAGGCGUUCAACCUUACGCCCACUGGACUGGACCCGCCAAAACUCACACCAACUGCAGGCAAAGCACCACAUAAGCCAUGAGUCAGCUGCAGCCCCCUGAGGAAUUCCCCUUCCCCUUCCCUCCCUACAACAUACAGACAGACUUCAUGAGGAAGCUCUUCUCUGUGCUGGAGGAAGGACAGCUGGGGAUCUUUGAGAGUCCUACUGGCACGGGAAAGUCACUGAGUCUUAUUUGUGGGGCGCUGACCUGGCUCAAGCAACAUGCUGACCAUCACAAAGCUGAGCUCAUCAGGAAGAUAGAGGAGAGUAAGAGCACACAAGAUGAUGACGGUCCAGACUGGUUCACUGCUGCCACCAAAAGGAUAGAAAGCAAGGAGGAGGCCAGAAGGUGCCAAGAGCAGCUGCAACUACUGGAGAAGCAGGAGGAAAGAAUUUGUGCCUUGAGGAAGGGCACCAAAGCUGUCAAGAAUAAAAAGAUACAGAAUCUCAACAAUGAGUUUGAUGAACUCUUCCGUGACUUGCACCACGUUCAGGAAGACCUUCGCCGGGAACUGAAUGCAGUUAAUGGUGAAGAUACAUUACCCUCCGAGGAACAAACAUUACUGCUAGAUGAAUACAACAGUGAUGAUGAUGAUGAUGGAGAAGAAAGGCGAGAAGGAGAACAAGAACAAGACCAAGGCUGCUUAAAGAUCUUCUACUGCAGCCGGACACACUCACAGCUCUCACAGUUUGUGCGAGAGAUUCAGAAGACAGUAUAUGGAGAGGAGGCGAGGGUAGUGUCCUUAGCCUCCCGUCAAAAUCUGUGUGUGAAUGAAGCUGUCAACAAACUGAGCAACAUCUCUCUUAUGAAUGACAGGUGUGUGGAGCUGCGGAAAGGCAAGAAGGGCAAGACCACCAAGCAGACUCAAGAUGGCACAUCUGUCAAGAAAAAACGUACCACCUCAGGUUGUCCUUAUUACCAACACACUGCUGUAGAGGAACUGGCAGACCAGGUGCUGCUGGAGGUGCAGGACAUUGAGCAGUUGGUUGGUCUAGGCAGGAAGAUGAACAGCUGCCCUUACUAUGCUACCAGGGCUGCCAUCAGGGAUGCUCAGGUUGUGGUGCUGCCGUACAACACGCUGCUUCACCGCCGCACCAGGGAGUCUUACGGGAUCAACCUAAGUGGCAAUGUGGUGGUGGUGGACGAGGCGCACAACCUCCUCGAGACCAUCUCCAACAUUCACUCGGUGUUUGUUUCCCUGCGCCAGCUUCAAGGAGCACAUGCCCAGCUGAGCCAGUACCUGCAGCGCUACUCCAGCCGACUCUCACCCACAAAUCUCCUAUACCUCAAGCAGAUCCUUUUUUUCAUGCACGCCAUUAUCAAAAUGUUGGGCGGAGGAUCCAAGCGUGUGGUAGCAAGUGGUGCCUCAUCAGUGACUCCUGGCUCCAGGAUGCUGCUGGUGUACAACUUCCUUGCCGAGACAUUCACUGAUAACCUCAACCUAUUCAAAUUGGUGCAAUAUAUUGAGAAAAGCAAGAUUGCCCACAAGCUGCACUCCUUCAGUCAGCACUUUGAGGGGUCGGUGAAGAUCAACAAGCCGAGUCACAAGGCUCCUGUUACGUCACCAACAUCCUCCACAUCCUCCUUUCUAGCCAAGCUCUCAGCCAGCAAACAAACACCAGCCAAACAAACACAGGCUAAAUCCAAAGAGAAUGUCAAGCCAGAGAUGACAAAGACUAAGGAACAGCAGCAGGAGGAGGAAGGAGAGGAGGUGGUAAUGGGGUCUCCGCUGAUGCAGGUGACAGAGCUCCUGAGGGCCCUGCAGCACCCGACUGCUGAUGGCAGAGUGCUGGUGACAGUUGGCUCCCAGCCACGUCAUUCUUCCAUUAAAUACCUGCUUCUCAAUCCUGCCUCUCACUUCCAGGACAUUGUGACCCAGUGCAGGUCGGUGGUGGUGGCAGGAGGCACCAUGCAACCCAUUAGCGAGUUCAAGAACCAACUGUUUCUCUCGGCUGGGGGAGAAGAAAGCCGAGUGCAGUAUUUCUCCUGUGGUCAUGUGGUCCCUGCCAAACAGCUGCUCCCUGUUACCCUCCCUCAGGGACCCACUGGCCAGAUCCUUGACUUUACCUACCACAAUAGGACUGACCCUAAAGUGCUUGAUGAACUUGGCCGAGUAUUGGUGAAUGUGUGCACCGUGGUGCCAGGCGGGGUGGUGUGCUUCCUGCCCUCCUAUGACUAUGAAGACAAGUUGCAAGCCCACUUCACAUCCUCAGGUAUUCUGACAAGACUAUCAGCGAAAAAAAAGGUCUUCUGGGAGCCCAGGAAAGCAAAUCAGCUGGAUGCCGUUCUGAGUGACUAUGCCAAAACCAUCAAGCUGACGGCCUCCAACACAUCAGGCAUGAGUGGCAGCUUGUUGCUCAGUGUUGUGGGUGGCAAGAUGAGUGAAGGCAUCAACUUCAGUGAUGAGUUGGGCCGGUGUGUGGUGAUGGUGGGCCUGCCCUACCCCAACACACACUCCCCAGAACUGAAGGAAAAGAUGCUUUACCUUAACAAGAAUGUGUCUGCAGGGCAGGAUGGGAAGGCAUCAGGCUCAGUGUUCUAUGAGAACCUUUGCUUCAAGGCUGUCAACCAGUCCAUUGGGCGAGCAAUACGACACAAGCAGGACUAUGCCAGCAUCCUCCUACUGGACCACCGCUACAGCCGGCCAGCCUCCAUACAGGCUCUGCCAGGCUGGAUCUCCAAGCAUCUGCGUGUCACCACAAAGUUUCCAGAAGCUUUUGGUCUUCUAAGAAAGUUCUUUGUAGAAAAGAGAGCAGAAGGGACAGUGUCUUGAUAGCUGCUUGCUGCCUACAUUUUAGAUGAAAAAUAAAUAUAUGCUUUUUUUUACAUUUUAUCAAAAUAAACUUGACAAUCACUAAAA